GUACAAACCUGGAAGCUCUGCGGGGCGCUCGCGAGUGCCAGCGCGCAUGCGAGACAUUUUGCAUGGACCCUUCGCUCAUCCUACGCGCGCUGGCCGCGCGCCACGUCGCAUUGCACCAGUGGACAUAUACCAAAAGGUUCUGCUCCAAAAAAUCUACAACGCGGAGCGCCUUGGUGACGGGAGGGGCCCUGGACCGUGGGUCUCUCGCCUGGGCCAGGUGUCGGGGCCAGCUGGCCGUCCGGCCGUGGGAGGAGUGGGUGUCCUGGAGGCCAGAUUCUCCUGCAGAGGCGCCACAUGCAAGCGGCUAGUCAGCAGAUGGGAAGCAGCAUGUUGUCGAGGCCGCGGCUUAGGCCUUGGGGAUUGCGCAGGCUGACAAGGCGUCUUGCGGGGUCAGGUGGACGUGGCGGUGCAAGGGACCAAGGACCUCGAGUGGACCAGGACUCCCGGUGCAUGCACACAUAGGGGUCUAAGGGACGGGCAGCUGUUCGCUUCCGCCGGCGAAAGCAAAGCACGGGCCGUGUGCAGUGUGAGCAGUCCGAUCGGGGGCACCGGGGGCGCAGGCUCAUGCUCGUAGUUGCUCGUACCGUAGGUGUUUCCGCGUUCCCUGCACACUGGAUACGCCGCUACGGUACUACAGAACGCGCGCUGUGAGAUGCGCAGUCGGUUCCUGGCAUUGCACAUACCAUGCUGCAGUACCGCACUGGUGUACGCUGCACUGGGCGGGAAGGACGCGUGCACGCACAGACACGCAAGCGGCCAGCCUUCAUGGCAUUGACUAGUGUUGCGGAACUAAUGCGUACGUAGACCAUGGCAUGCCUUCAGAUGCACUUCAGCACUUGCAUCGCGGCUCAAACAUAUACACCCUUGUGCCUUGGCCAUGGUUGACGCCGUUCCGAACGGCCACAUGUGCGCAUCAGUCUACGAACGGCAAGUGUGUUACCAUGACCUCCGCCAUCGCACCAUUGCCACGGCGACAACCCGCUUUUGCGUCCCUGCCCUGCCUGUCCGCCUGACGGUCUGCGCGUGCGGGCUGGGGAGGCUGCUGGUGCACAGGCCGGCGCACACGCAGCGGUGCUCAUGGGCCUUUGUCCACCGCUGGUGUGCCGUGCGGUGCAGGGUUGCACGGCUUGCAAGCUGCCCGUCCGCUGCCGGUGCGGAUGCCGCCGUUGGGCCGACUCCCUCGAACUUCCUCGGACUCCCUGCUCAUUGGCUCAUAACGUGCUGGGGAACCCAGGGCACUCUGGCUCUCCAGCGACCGGCACGGCUGCACCCUCAGGCGGCCAACCCGCAGUGGGCUGUUGAGGUCGCCACCAUUGCCCACCAACGACAGCGCGACGGGACAGUAUCGGACCAGUCCUUCUGCUUCAGUGUGUUGACACCAUAAAACCAUGAAGCCAUACGAAAUGCCUGCGUGUAGGUCGGACUCAGGUAAGCGC